AUGAGGUGGUCGUGGGUGUUGUUUUUAAGUGUCAAUAUCCUCACCUGUGCACUGUGCUCUCCAAUUGGGCUCGGUGAGGAGGAGGGAAGCGGUGAUCCAAGCACUCCUGGGCAGAAAUACCAGGUCCUUGACUUACCAGGCCUGGCCAACGUCCCAGAAGAACUGAGACCCGUAAUGCAUGCUGGACAUAUUGCACUGGACCCAAGUGAUGUUGCAAAUUCGACAAAGCUCUUCUUUUGGAAGUUCCAGAAGCAGGAUGUUGAGUUCAACAGAACAAUCUUUUGGUUGAACGGAGGCCCUGGUUGUUCUUCUAUGGAUGGUGCGCUUAUGGAGACGGGCCCGUUACGCGUGGACGGUUCCGGGAACCUAAACAUCAACACCGGGUCGUGGUAUGAGGGUGCUGAUCUGAUAUUUGUCGACCAGCCUGGUGGGACUGGCUUCAGUACAACGAAGAACUACGAUACUGAAUUGAGCCAAAUUGCAGCCGAUUUUGUAACGUUCUUGACGGAGUAUUUCAAGGUGUUUCCUGAGGAUAAAGACAACGCGAUCUUCUUGGCUGGCGAGAGUUAUGCUGGUCAGUAUAUUCCUUUCAUUGCGGAUGCGAUUCUGAGAUCCAACAAGGUGGAUGGCUCAGGUUUCAACCUCGAAGGACUUCUCAUUGGUAACGGUUGGAUAGAUCCAAAUGUUCAGAGCAUGAGUUACAUCCCAUAUCUUCUCGAUGCUGAGAUUAUCCACCCAGAUGAUGAUUUCAUACCAUCGCUGUUGAAACAACAGGAGAAAUGCCAAAACGAUGUCAACAAUGGCAUAGGUAAGGAGAAAUUCUACGUCAAUAGUUGUGACCUGAUCCUCUCCAAGAUCCUGAGCGCAACAAGGGACAAGACUAAGCCAAAGGAUGAACAGUGUAUCAACAUGUACGACACAAGACUGAGAGACUCGUAUCCAAGCUGUGGUAUGAAUUGGCCACCAGAUUUACCUAACGUUCAGAAAUGGCUACGUGAUGUAGCUGUGGUGAAGGCCUUGAACCUUGACCCUAAUGACGUUGCUGAGUGGAGAGAAUGUGAUGGGCAAGUGUCCAAGUACUUGAAGAAUAGUGAAUCGAAACCAAGUAUCGAACUAUUGCCUGGCUUGCUGGAGCAAUUGAACGUUGUUCUAUUCAACGGUGAUAAGGACAUCAUAUGUAACAACUACGGUGUGCUUGAUUUGAUCUCCAAGAUGACGUGGAACGGUGCCUUGGGAUUUGAUGACGAUGCAGAGGAGUUUGACUGGAGGUAUAACGGCUUAUCUACAGGUACUGUUAAGCAUAGUAGAAACCUGACUUUCAUUGACAUCUUUGACUCUUCCCACAUGGUUCCCUUCGACAAGCCUGAGGAUUCCAGAGGCGUGUUUGACCUCAUAGUUGGAAAUUACAGGCUGAUAGAGUCU